AUGGACAACAUUAUCAACUUUGACCAAAAUGGGAUCUUGGAGAAGCCUCCGCUUUGUUUUGAUUCUCUUAACGGUUCUUGUCUGAAGUUGAAUUAUCCUCUGGAAGUCCGUGUUUUGCUCUAUAUGCUCUUUUGUGUCUCAUCUCUCCUCACAGUGAUCGGAAACCUUCUGGUGAUUAUAACAGUCAUUCAUUUCAAGCAGCUGCACACACCGACUAACUACCUCAUUCUCUCUCUGGCUGUCGCCGACCUGCUUGUAGGAGGGGUGGUGAUGCCUCCCAGCAUGCUACGCUCUGUGGAGACUUGCUGGUAUUUGGGGACUUUCUUCUAUCGAUAUUACGCAGUCUGUCACCCCCUGCUGUACCACAGUAAAAUGACCAAUAACACUACCCUGUUCAUGAUCGCUGUUUGUUGGAGCGUCUCUGUUGUAGUGGGAUUUGGAAUGAUAUUUCUGGAGCUGAACAUUCUGGGGAACGAGGACUUCUAUCACAAUAACUUUGCCUGUGAGGGCGCCUGUAUGGUGUUUCAAGCUAAAGUGGGUGGGCUUGUGUUUUCAGCGCUUUGCUUUUACAUCCCUGCUGUAAUCAUACUCAGUGUAUAUGUGAAAAUCCUGCACACUGCACAAAGGCAAGCUCGUGCAAUCCGCAGCACUAACACCCACAUGAAAACAGCAGUGGAGAAAGCCAACAUGAGCAAGUCGGAGAAGAAGGCCACAAAAACUUUAGCCAUCAUCAUGGGGGUCUUUCUGUCAUUCUGGGUCCCAUUUUUCCUUUGUAAUGCCAUUGACCCAUUCACUGGAUACUCUGUGCCACCACUGCUGUUCGAUGUGUUCCUCUGGGUUGGGUACUUCAACUCAACGUGUAAUCCUAUUGUAUACGCCUUCUUCUACAGUUGGUUUAGGCAUGCGUUCAGAGUCAUUCUGUCUGGUGGAAUAUUCCAGGCUAACUCGUCACGCACCAAAUUAUUUUAA